AUGCUGGAGAAGAGGAAGGCCGGCUCUCCUGAACUCCAUUUUCUAAAAAGAGGAACCAGAGAGUUUAAGGGACCUUUUCAGGCUCACACAGCUCAAGCCCAGGAUUGUCAGACCUCUGCUCAUGAUCAGCCAGCACGGUUCCUUGUUUAUUCCAGGAACCACAGGGACCUGCCUGCAAGCCCACUCACGCUCACUCAGGCCUGCAGGAAAUCACCACAAGUCAGAGAAUUUGGAGGGAAGGGGGCACGAGCCGCCGGCAGCCACCUUACCCUUGCCCUCUCUUCCACAGACAUCCACGGCUACGACCACCGCCGUGGUGGUGGAGGUGGUGGCGGCAGCAGCGGCGGCGGUGCCCUUGGCAGUGGGGCCGCUGGUGGAGGGGGCAAGGGCUCGUGGGGGGCGGCGCCUGCCUGGUGCCCCUGCGGCUCCUGGUGCAGCUGGUGGAAGUGGCUGCUGGGCCUGCUGCUCACCUGGCUACUGCUCCUGGGGCUGCUCUUCGGCCUCAUCGCUCUGGCCGAGGAAGUGAGGAAGCUGAAGGCACGUGUGGACGAGCUGGAGAAAAUGAGGGGCCGCUUGUCUUACAACGAGAAGAUGGAGAGGAGCAGCCAGGAUGCUGUCCAGGGGGUUGCGCCCAGGCUGGGGGAAGGUCUAGGAAAAUCUGGGCUUGAUGGCUACAAUCAGGAGGACAUCUGGCAAUUCGUGAGGGCCAGGCUGAUGACAGAACAGGAAAACGGAAAUCUCCGAGGAAGCCCUGGGCCUAAAGGUGACAUGGGAGUUCAAGGCCCUAAAGGAGACCGAGGGUUCCCUGGAACUCCAGGUAUCCCUGGGCCCUUGGGCCACCAAGGUCCAGAGGGACCAAAGGGACAGAAAGGCAACAUGGGUGAGCCUGGCAUGGAGGGGCCCAUGGGCCAGAGAGGGCGAGAAGGCCCCAUGGGACCUCGCGGUGAACCAGGGCCCCCUGGGUUUGGAGAGAAAGGAGACAGAGGGGAUGCCGGUAAACCUGGUGUUCAGGGCCCACCUGGUGUCCCAGGCUCUGUCGGUCCCAAAGGUUCCAGUGGUUCUCCUGGCCUGCAGGGUCCCCCAGGCUCUAUAGGUCCCCAAGGACUCCGAGGUGAAGUGGGACUCCCUGGUAUCAAAGGUGACAAAGGACCUAUGGGACCACCGGGACCCAAAGGUGACCAGGGUGAGAAAGGACCCCGAGGCCUCACAGGCGAGCCCGGCUUGAAAGGUUUACCUGGUGCCGUGGGUGAGCCCGGGGCUAAAGGAGCGAUGGGACCCGCUGGCCCCGAUGGACAUCAAGGCCCAAGAGGGGAACAAGGUCUUCCAGGAAUGCCGGGAACCCGGGGAUUACCAGGACCUUCUGGGGACCCAGGGAAGCCAGGUCUCACUGGACCCCAAGGACCUCAGGGAGUUCCUGGUACCCCCGGCCGACCAGGAGUUAAAGGUGAACCAGGAGCUCCAGGCAAGAUCAUGACUUCAGAGGGAUCAUCAACCAUCACUGUCCCAGGUCCCCCAGGACCUCCUGGAGCCAUGGGACCUCCGGGACCUCCAGGAGCCCCAGGCCCUGUUGGUCCAGCUGGUCUCCCAGGACAGCAAGGCCCGCGAGGGGAGCCGGGCCUGGCUGGCGAAUCAUUCAUGGGCAGCAGCAGCUCCAUCUCUGAGGUCCUGUCCACCCAGGGUGUUGAUUUACGAGGUCCCCCAGGCCCACCUGGACCACCUGGGCCACCAGGGGAAGGCUUGCCAGGCCCACCAGGCCCGCCAGGAUCUCUCCUGACGAGCUCAGAGACCUUCUUCUCUGGCCCUCCAGGCCCACCUGGGCCCCCAGGCCCCAAGGGAGAUCAAGGCCCCCCAGGCCCCCGAGGACACCAAGGUGAGCGAGGCCUCCCAGGGCUCUCAGGCUCAGGCUCCAGUUCUCUUGGACUCAACCUGCAGGGACCACCAGGCCCACCUGGCCCUCAGGGACCCAAGGGUGACAAAGGUGAUCCUGGAGUCCCAGGGGCUCCUGGCAUUCCUAGUGGGCCCUCUCGAGGAGGAUCGUCGUCAAGCACCAUGUUCAUGCAGGGUCCACCAGGCCCACCAGGGCCCCCUGGGCCCCCAGGGUCCCUCAGCAGCUCUGGCCUGGAGAUUCAGCAAUACAUCUCUGACUACAUGCAGAGUGACAGUAUCAGGUCUUAUCUGUCUGGAGUUCAGGGUCCCCCAGGCCCACCUGGUCCCCCCGGGCCUGUCACCACCAUCACCGGUGAGACUUUCGACUACUCAGAGCUGGCCAGCCUCGUCGUGAGCUACUUACAGACUUCCGGGUACAGCAUCAGCACAUCCUCCACCUCCAUCUCUUCUGAAGACAUCCUGGCUGCGCUCCGGCGGGAUGACGUGCGUCAGUAUCUACGGCAGUACCUGAUGCCGCAAGGAGCCGGUGGAGAUUGGUUCCUCCAGUCUCUGGAUUAUGCAGAGCUGAGCAACCGCAUCCUCAGCUACAUGGCUAGCACUGGAGUCAGCAUCGGGCUUCCUGGCCCCCCGGGGCCUCCAGGCUUGCCGGGCACAUCCUAUGAGGAGCUCCUCUCCUUGCUCCAAGGGUCUGAAUUCAGAGGUAUUAUUGGGCCCCCAGGUCCUCCUGGGCCCCCAGGGCUCCCAGGCAGUUCAUGGUCCAGCAUCAGCAUGGAGAACCUCUCAUCCUACCUGCAAACUGCUGGCUUGUCAUCCAUCCCAGGCCCUCCUGGUCCCCCAGGCCCCCCAGGCCCUAGAGGGCCCCCAGGAAUCUCAGGCGCUCUGGCGACAUAUGCAGCUGAAAACAGUGACAGCUUCAGGAGUGAGCUGAUCAGCUAUCUCACAAGUCCUGAUGUGCGCAGCUUCAUCGUUGGCCCUCCGGGCCCCCCUGGGCCCCAGGGCCCCCCCGGGGACAGCCGCCUGGUGUCCACGGACAGCUCCUACAGCCGGAGUGGCAGCUCCUCCUCUUUCAGUCGGGACACCUCCUACAGCUCCUCCAUGGGCAUAGGAGGAGCCAGUGGAGGCUCCCUGGGUGAAGGGGGAGCCUUUGGCAUGGACAUGGGCCGAGGCUAUGGGGCCGCGGCCGAGGGUGGCAUGUAUGGCGGCGAUGGCAGAUUCGGGGCUGGCUUUGUCGGCGGUCUGGAUUACAACGAGCUGGCAGUUCGGGUGUCAGAGAGCUUGCAGCGUCAGGGUCUGCUCCAAGGGAUGGCCUACACGGUGCAGGGCCCCCCAGGCCGGCCUGGGCCCCAGGGGCCCCCUGGCAUCAGCAAGAUCUUCUCCGCCUACAGCAAUGUGACCGAGGACCUCAUGGACUUUUUCCGAACUUAUGGAGCCAUCCCAGGACCCCCUGGGCAGAAGGGAGAGAUGGGCAUCCCUGGACCCAAAGGUGAGAGGGGCCCUGCUGGGCCACCAGGUCGGUCUGGGCCACCCGGCCCUCGAGGGCACAAGGGAGAAAAAGGAGACAAAGGUGACCAAGUCUACACUGGGCGGAGGAGGAGGAGCAUUGCCGUCAAGCCAUAAGCAACCCAUGGUGGAACAGCCCCCUGGACCAGUUCUUGCAGUGGCUUAUGGCACUUAUGUCAAGACCUCUCCAGAGGGUAAAAGCUGGAGUCUUACUGCCUUACCAACACAGCAAAUAGUCAACUAGAACCCUUAUCUUAGUCUGGGACAAUGUGUAUGUCUGCAGAAUUCAGUCCAAGAUACAGUCUGAGACAGCUUCACGGGGUGGACUCAGGAGUGGCCACUUGCAGUGUUGCAGGAUGAGGCCGGUCUCCCUGUUGUCCAUGCCCGAGCGCGUUGGCUUCUUUUAACACCAGCCUAGGAAAGCCAGAUACAUAAAAGCUGUUUCAGGAGCCCUUGAGCUUUUCUUUAAAAACAAGCCCAGAAACUGGAAGAUGGGAUUGGGGUACCACUCGAGGGGGCUGUUUUGGCUAAUGCUACAGGGCUGUGCUCCCAGCUGCUCCCUCUCCUCUUUACCCUGCAUUCUCUAGUCGUAACAAACAGAAACAGCUGGUUGAGAAGUAACUCUCGCAACUGAAAAAAUUAAGAAAUCUACUUCCCUUGAAGGCGGUGACAGGGUUUCUACUAGUUAUUUCUCACUGUGCAUCACGUUUCCACUUACUUAGGAAGUUUGUUUGAGUGCAGCUAUGCGGUCCCGUAGGUCCACACUAGAGCUGAUAUAGCAUGUUACACUGAACUAGGUUGUGGCAGACAGGAAGAGAAGGGCAAAGAGGAAAGAAGGGGAGGGCAGGGAGAGCAGACUGCCUGACGGGGAAGCCAGCACCCCUGCUCUGCACUUAGGAAACGCGUGGGGGACUGGGUGCAGUUGGUUUGAAAGCACUUUUCAAUGUCUAUAAACAUUUAUGUGGUCUGUUAGAUGAAGAGUCAUUUCAAUUGCAAAAUCUCCAAUUAAAGGGCUUUUUUCUUUUUUAA